AUGAUCAUUCAGCAAUGCUUCAAGGCGAAACCUGGCACUAGGCGUGAGACUGAUGUAGCUCCACGAUGGUCUCCGCCGCCUCCAGGUGUUGUCCUUGUUAACUCUGAUGUUGCGCUAUUCGCGGACUGCAGGCGGAUGGCCAUGGGAGCAGUUCUUCGCGACUCCGAGGGGAAGUGCUUGGCUGCGGCAAGCUUACCCCUCCAUGCUUUUACAUCUCUAGAAAUGGGCGAGGCACUAGCUCUACGCGGUGCGGUGAUGAUUGCAUGCGACAAGGGCUUCAACAAAGUGAUCUUUGUCUCUGAUUGUUUGUCUUUGAUCCAGAGGCUCAACUCUCCAGCACCAGAUCGCUCCGAGGUUGGUUCAGUGGUGAAGGACAUCAAGACCUUGGUGGCACGCUUCUCCACUGCUAGUUUUCGGAUAGCACAAACAGAGAAGCAUUAUUGGUGCUCUUCAUUAUUUAACAUUGGCAAUACCGGACUUGACGUUUAG